AUAGAGAAAAAAGCUCAAGUAACUUGCAAACACGUUUUAGCAGCUAGAAUAGCUACAAUACUGGGUAAAACCGUGCCUCAUGAGGUAACUGCGGAUCAGUAUUUGAUGCUGGUGAAGUCGUUAUUCGAGUUGGAGCAAGAUGGAAGAUGAUAUGAGCCAGUAUUAUUUUACUGCGUCUAUGGACUCCGGCAAGACGCUUUGCAGUUUACUGAAAGCUAUUCAGUUUCAAGAGUCUGCAGUGUUCUGUGCCCUUGCAGAAGGCCUGAAGUUAACUGUAGAGGAAGGCAAGUGUGUGCAAGCCUCUGCUUACGUCCCGGCUGACAACUUCACAGAGUACCAUGUGCGGAGUGAUGUUGAUGUCAUGUUCAAAAUAAGUAUAGCGGUGUUAGCAGAAUGUCUCAAUAUUUUUGGGUCAGGGGAAGAGUCUAGCCUGAAAAUGUAUUACAGAGGUGAAGGGUCUCCUCUCCUUCUUGUUCUACAGCCACAAUCGCUGACUAACGUCAUGACAGACUGCGAGAUCUCCACACAGACCGCAGACUCGGUCUUAGAAUUACGUGACGAAGACUCUUCGGAAGUAGCCAAAUUGGUGCUGAAGGCACCAGCAUUUCUCGGCUUACUGGCUGAUUUGGAGAGGUCCUGUGAUAUUAUGGAGUUGAAACUGUCACCUGAGCAUCCGAAUGUCAGCAUUGUCACAUAUGGAAUGCAGGACAGAUCCUGCAUCGACAUGCCCAAGUCGUCCGAGAUGGUCCAAAGCUUCAGCUGUGAAGAGGAGGUAACCCUCAAGUAUCAAGUGCACCACAUCCGACUUAUUAUGAAAGCUCUGGCCAUUUCUACAAAGGUGGUGGUAAGAUGCAGCUCAAACGGUCUCCUGCUGCUGCAGCUAAAGCUGGAGAAAGAAGACCAGCGGCAGAUGUUCUCAGAGUUCUAUAUAGUGCCCUUACUUGACGACUGAACUUAGUAUUGUCAAAGACAUAUCGUCACUACUUUGAAAAAAUCUCGUAUCUCACGGUGCUCCUCAAAGUCAAAACGCAGUAAGUCUAUGUGCAUUUCAUACAUACUUACUACAAUUUUCUUUUCAUUGA